UCUCUCUCUCUCUCUCUCUCAAAGAGAAAUCUCAGCCAUGGCGGAAAAUCCGUCGCGCACGUGAUAGCGUCCGAUCGGCACGUGACAGUGAUCGACAGCUAAAACAAAACCGUAACCCUAACUCCAAUCUCCAUUUAAAUCCCAUAUAGGAGCUUUUCUUUUGAUUUUUCUGGGAAUUUUUGGGGGAAUCGGAUGAUGUCGAUCGCCUUGGAUAGCAGCAGCAGCUCAAUGGAACGGUCGGGAUUCAUCCGCACGAUACCUCCCUGCAUCUCGAUCUUCGAGUCGCCGGAGUCCGGCAGGAAAAUGGCAGGUGCGAUGGUGCCGGAAGACCGGCGGUUACCGGCGGUGGAUCGGAGGAGGGAGGAGGAAGAGGAGUCGGCUUCUUGCAGCUCUUCUUCGAUCGGGAGGAACAGCGAUUGCUGUUCACGGGGGAGAUCUGAUGGUGAGGAUGAUUCGGAGGAGGUGCAGAGCUCGUAUAAGGGGCCGUUGGAUACGAUGGAUGCGUUGGAGGAGUCAUUGCCGAUCAGGCGAGGCAUCUCCAGAUUCUACUGUGGCAAGUCAAAAUCCUUCACCAGCUUGGCAGACACGUCUUCCGCUUCUGCAAACGAUCUAGGAAAACCUGAGAAUUCCUACACCAGGAAGCGCAAGAAUCUUUUAGCCUACGGUAACAUCUGGGAGAGGAACCGUAACAGUCCCCUGAGAAAUAGCAGCUGUGGUAUAUCCAAGAGACCCACCAAUUCCAGCCGAAGCACAUUGGCUCUCGCUGUUGCCAUGAGCAGCUCCGAGAGCAACACGAGUGAGGACCAUGAGCCUUGGCUGCCACUGCCACCAGGCCCACAUGUGAGAUCUUCACUCAGCACUCCGGCACCCCAGUGGUCUAUCUCGGCAAGAUCCUUCUCUUUGACGGAUUUGCAAAGUGCUAGCUCGACCUCUUUGAUCAGCCCAAGAGACAAGCAAAAGAAGUUUCAGUAGUUUGCUUGGCCAGAGCAUACUCUCAGGUGAUUAUGUGAAGUAUUCCUGCAUGUAUUUAUCUCUUUCUAAUAUUGGAGUGGUUAGAAUUUGAAUACAACUUCAAGAAUCUUUGUUGUGUUCAUGUAAAUGUUCCCUUGCUUUGGCCCUUUGUUCUAAAUAUUUCAAGUACCAUGCUUUGGAAAUGCCAUGUGGAGGAAUGCCCUUCUUCACCAUCUAUGGAUCUUUUCUUACA